UAGUUUGGUUCGUAAACACUCCCCUUAGUUUUCUCUCCUCUGCCCUUAAUCCUCAGUCAGCAGCAAUUUUGUAUCUGAAUUAGCGAGGAAUUAUUGAUUUCCUCCAGUAGCUUCUCAAUUUUUCUGAGUGAUCUCUACAGAUGGUUUGCUUUUAGGAUAUUUUUAAGGGUUGGUGGGGAGUUGGAUAAAGAUUUCAAUAUCUUCAUGUGUUUCGUAUGAUGUAACGAAAAGGGUUUUCUUUUUAGGCUUCUCUCAGUUAAGAUUUUAGAUUUAUAGAGUUUUAGGUUGGUGAUGAAAAUAAAAUAAAAGGGAUGAAGGAUUUCCCAGGGACACCUGGGACUUUUACUGCACUUACUCUUAGGGUUUUGCAGUUUUCAUUUGCAGCAGGUUCAAUUGUGUGUAUUACAACUACACCUGGUUUCUUCGAAUACACAGCUCUCUGCUAUUUGAUUGCAUCAAUGGGUUUGCAAGUUAUAUGGAGCUUUGGGAUCGCAUUAUUUGAUGCAAAAGCAUUGAUUACAAAGAAGAUCCUUCACAAUCUUGUUUUGGUUAGCCUCUUUGCGAUCGGGGACUGGGUUACAGGAAUGCUGUCUCUUGCAGCUGCAUCAGCUUCUGCUGGAUUACUUAUUUUGUAUUUCAGAGAUCUAGGAAAAUGCCAAAGUGACUGCCUGAAAUAUUGGAUGUCCGUCACCCUAGCUUUCAUGAGUUGGGUAAUGAUUGAAAUAUCUUCUCUUAUAAUGUUUUGGCUUUUGGCUGCGGGUUAGCCCUUUAACAGGGGCUCGUUGUUUCUCAUUUCUCUAAUUGUAAUGCACUUAGUGUGCGGAAAUGUAGAGAGAGAACUUGAGUUACAGAAAGAUAAAAUGAAAAAUACUAUACUCCAUAGUUCAUUGUAAACUACAGUUGAUAUAUGCCUAUAUAUGUUUGACUUUA